UUUCAUCCGGUCCAAUGAGAAAAUCACAUGCCCGAGAUCUGGCAUAACCUAAUCCUACUACCGCUGCACCAAUUCAUCCGAUCUCAGCCAGACGGUCGUACGCUAUAUUGCUCUCUCCAUUUCCAUCUCCUCUUCCUCUUCCCCUUGGGUCGGACGCAGUCUACACCGCCGCGCCGUUCUUCUAAGCUGAGCUGUGAAUAGAUCAAUCAAGCUUAGAGGGUGUCGUUGAGGAAGCUUUUGAUUGUAAAAUCAAGUCCUGCCAACAAAUUUCACAUUGUUUGGUCUCAAAGUGGGAAAGUCUAUUUAGCUUUGCUACUUGAUUUUACUAGAGGUUUGAGUAAUAUAUAAGCUAUGGCAGAGAUUCGGACUUCUGGGAAAUCAAUUGAUCAGUUGUUGGAAAAGGUUCUGUGUAUGAACAUUCUUUCUUCCGAUUAUUUUAGAGAUCUUUUGCGGUUGAAGACAUAUCAUGAAGUGAUUGAUGAGAUUUACAAUCAAGUUGAUCAUGUGGAGCCAUGGAUGACUGGAAACUGCCGUGGUCCUUCAACAGCGUUCUGCCUUCUUUACAAGUUUUUUACAAUGAAACUUACUGUCAAACAAAUGCAUGGCCUUCUAAAGCACAUGGAUUCACCGUAUAUCAGAGCUGUGGGAUUCUUAUACCUGAGAUAUCAUGCAGAUCCUAAGACAUUAUGGAGUUGGUAUGAGCCAUAUCUUAAAGAUGAUGAGGAGUUCUCUCCUGGAUCUAGUGGUAAAAUGACUACUAUGGGUGUAUAUGUGCGCGACUUGCUCUUGGGACAGUACUACUUUGAUACACUUUUGCCCCGCAUCCCGGUCCCCAUAAUGCGCACAAUGGUAUCAAAUCUUGAGAAAAUGAAGUUUCCUACGAAACCUUCUGGUUCAACCGGGGAUUCAAGCCGUGGAUCAGAAGAAACAGCUCGUCGGCCACCUUCGGUCAAAGCCUCCCUCUCUGUCUCGUUUGGUCAGCGCGCACCUCACCGUGCGUCAACCCGUGAUUCAUCACCCAUCCGUCGUACACUGACAUCAGCAUCGUCAUCUACCUAUGAUGAUGCUAGACGGUCCCCUGCUAACCAUCGUAGUCAAAGCCGCGAUAGAGACGGGGACCACAGGACGCAUGAUAGAGAUUCAGAUAGGGGUAGGGAUCGGGAUAGAGAGAGGAGGAAUGAUUAUGAUAGGGAGAGGGAGAGAGGUAGAAGGCAUGAUGAUUAUGAUAGGGAUAGGGAGAGGGAGAGGGAGAGGAGAAGUAGAAGGGAUAGGGAGAGGAGUAGAAGCAGGAGUAGGAGUAGGAGUCAUGGUGGCAGUCAUGCUGAUCAUCGGCGAAGCCCGGCAGCAAAGGAUGAAGUAAACAGAGAUAAGGCUUCUGGGGUCUCCAGCAAUCUGGCAAAGCUUAAAGACAUCUAUGGCGACUUGAGUACCAGCCAAAAGGAUGACGGAAACUAUGAUAGGGGGGCUUCUAGGAGGGACACCAGUACGGAGGAGGUUAUCCGACUUGGUGGUUCUACUUGGAGAUAGAAACGGAAAACACCCUUACUAUGUGAAAUGUAAGAGAUGUGAUGAGAUCUGCAUCUGCUUUGUACUCUCAAUUGGCAACGGUAGCAUGAUGUACUCCGUAAUAGACAAAUUAGCUUGUGUUAUUCUGUUGGAUAUUUGUAGUUCACCAGAUGUGACACAUUUCUCUAAUUUUCAGAAUUUCAUUGAUACAACUGAGUUGAUAUUGUCAAAUACGUACUACUCCCUCCGUGUUCUUUAUUAACGGUCUCGCAUUCCUUUUUUAGACGUUUUUAAUUAUUUGUC